UUUAGAACGGCUGCAGACAGCAGUAUCAGCUGGGACAGUAUUUCCGAAGAAGUGUCUUUAAUCAAGAUUUACAUUCGGUCUACCGACACUGAUCGGACAUUGGCCAGUGCCCAAUGCAAUUUAGCUGGGUUGUAUCCGCCGUCUGGAAGUCAGAGAUGGAGUUCUGACAUUGCAUGGCAGCCGAUUCCAGUGCAUACCGUUUCGCGAAAAAACGACAUAGUAAAAUCCGUUUUGUGGUUAGCUUUAACGUUGCUAAUAAUUUUAGUUGUUGAGUACAAGUGUCUCCUGUCCGGCGUAUACCGAAAUUUUCAAGCAUCAUAUGCGCAAAGAACACGAUAGAA